CGACAACUUGUCAUCUUUAUCUAAAAAUACGAAGACGCUCGCGUAGUUGACACAGCGUCGCUAAAGGGUCGCGCCAUCUUUCGAGGUUUCAUUCGUUUUCGAAUGGGUAAAUAUGUUGAACUUGAAAGUAGAACGUUGAAGAUCUGAAAAGGAAAACUCCUUAUUAUCGGGACCACGACCAGGACCGACGUCUUUCUCUUUAUUGUCUUUGCCACAUAUGCAUAGCUGAAAAACAUGUCAAGCCCGGGGCUCUCGAAGAGCAGGCUAAUCCCUGGGACUACAACCGUGGACGCAGGUCCCGCGAACCCGUUCCAAAACAAUGCCAACGCGCAAGAAGUGCAUGAUCGGGACGAGGCAGAGGCUCUCUUUGCUGACAUUGUAGACCAUGUCUUGGCUCCCGCUGGAGCCUCAGUGGCCUGCACUAGUGGCAUCAUCACAGAAGCGUGUCAGACUCACCAGGACGAGGACGAUGCGGCUGCGGCUGCUCGUCAAUAUCAGCACCUCGAAGAUGCAACUACCAGCCCAAAACAAAAUUCUGGGUUCAGCUCCUCCUCGCACACAUUGACACCGUCGGCUUGUAGCUCCUUGUCAAUGUCUGCGCCGGUCAUGGCUGCAGCUCAACAUCAAGCGACUGUGCUCAUCGGUGAAUCUACCGUGGCAUUGAUGCGGCGAACAUACAAGCGGAUGAAGAAAAAGGGUCAGCUCGAUGGUAUUAUCGAGGAGACGGAACAAGAUCAGUUCGUACUUGAGGAUCUGCAGGAGCGCGGUCUGAAAUUUUUCGAGGACCUCUCUGUCAGUGCCUACUAUGUGAAUAACAAGGCGCACAUGUUUGCCGCGCAAACUGUCUACUGGCGCACACUACACAAAGAGAUUUGUGCGCAUCAAGACGAGCGUGGCGGGGCGGUGCAAUUAGAGGACGAAAAAUUUCCGCAGGAAAUCAAACCGCGGCUCGCGGAGGCGGGGGCAAGCGUCAGGGACGCACGAGAUGUCACGUUUCGGGUCGUGAUCAGCGCGGACAGCGCUAUUUUGGUGCGGGGGAGGAAAAAAAAUGACUACGCAUCCAACUUUUGCCACAAUGUGCUACGCCUUCAUCAUGGAUUGCAGCCGUCGAAGGUGGAAAUUUGUAUGGUGAUUUGCCCAGCGCAGGUUUCCGAUGACAAGCACGCUUAUGCUACGGCGGUGGACAUGAUGAAGAGGUAUUUUCGAAGGGCGGGCCUUUGCAUCAGCUACAAGGAAUACGAACGUGAGUUCUUCGACGAUGCGCGGUAUUACUUGCAAGACAAGUUACUGGCGGAGCUGUACAACUCCCCCUACGGCCUGCCGUGGCACUACCUUCCAGAGCAACAAGAAGGCGAAGACGCGAUAAUCGAAUCUGAGGAAGCCUUAUCGGAGCAGAGGAGCGCGCGUGGACAACAUCCUCAUGUAGCACUAGCAGGUGAGCACACUGCAGUAGAUGAAAAGCGAACACAGCUGCAGGAGACAGCAGAUAGUACGCUCAAAAAUACAAACCGAUCUGUGGAUGAGCAGGCUCUAGAACUUGUUAUGUGGUCCAAUUCCCAUGAUGAUAUAACUGAUAUAACGGAAUUUCAAGAUUUUCGCCCAUUGGAGGGCACCGCGCGAGGCCCAUCGUUGCCCUGGUCUGUCUGCCCGGGGAUUCGUCGGCAUAGCGUAAACCCCUCGGCCGUUCUGCGCCAUGCCUCCGCAGCGGCUGGUCGAUUCAGCGUCAUGAAAUUCGCGAGAGAUGGCACGGCCAAAGACCUGCCCGCGGUUCUCUCUGAAGCCUUUCGGCUUGACCGCGCCGGUGCAGCGGCGCUCUGUAACUGCAACCAGGGGCGCUGCGUAAAAUUUUCGAAGCGGCCGCCGCGCGACGUCGUAGAAGUAGCAGCCCGGGAUUGGCGAUAUCGGUCGUGAACGCCGGCGGCCUCGACGGCUGGGAAAGCCGGCGCCCCCCCGCGGGCCCUGCUACGAUCUCGCAUUGGGACGACGCGAGAACGGUCGAUAUCAAAGCGAUCGAUAUCGCAUGAUCUCCGCCUGAUCUCCCCCGCGAUCUCGUUUAUUUCGUGCCCAAUCUCGCUGAUCUCGCUGGCGGAAAUUCAUGAUCUCCCGCCUGAUCUCCCCCGCGAUCUCGUUGAUCUCGUGCCCGAUCUCGUUGAUCUCGCGGGCGGAAAUUCAUUCUACAGCGAAAAUGGGAAGGAAUUUCCGACCUGCGGGCGCUGGCCAGUAAGAUCAAUAUCGGCCGUGAGUUAUAUCGCAGCGAGAUCGGCGGGAGGGGGUGCGAGAUCGGCCGGGGAUCGCCGCGAGAUCGGCCGGAGAUGAGAUCGGCACGAGAUCAGCGAGAUCGGGAGGCCGCUUUCGUGGAUCUCGCUAUGUUGCCGGGACGAGGUUGGGGGCUUUUGCUCGUAAGAUCGGGAGCCCCCGAUCCUGCAAGCUUAUUUAUCUGUGCCCGCGCUCUGAGUGAGCGCGGGUUCGAAGCUGGGUCACGACUUCGGGCUUCGGGGGCACCAUGACCGAGAGCGCCCAGUGUUGUUCCGAUUGGCUGCGGCUGCGCGAGAAGUUUUCUGAGCUUCUGGCGCGGGUGUGGCACUGUGUGGGGCUGCUGGGGGCCCGGCCCCUGUGCAUUUGCGUGCGCACCUGUGGCCAACAGAAAGUGGCCGGGUGUCGCACUUGUACCAUUGCGACGGACGCAUCCGCUUCGGCGCACUAUGUCAAGGCGCGAGGAAAGCAGCGCUAGAACCUGCCUACGCGCUUUGUCACAUUUGCGCGAACCCGGGGCGCGAAAUUUUUAAAAUCGGUUACAUGCGUAAGAUCAUCUUGGGAACUUGGACCACUUGAAACUUGCGUUCAGGAAAAUGAGCGAUGGCGAGCUGCGCGAAGAGACUGACGGCGCGCCAUGCUACGAAGCAGGAAUCAGCCGCACAGCAACUUGUCACAAUCCGUUCGGCCGCAUAGACCACGACGACGCUGAGGCAAAGGAAGCGGGGUCGGCCUGCCGGGGCUCGUACGGUAUCGGCAAUGAAGGUGCGAGUCUCGCAAUACACCACUGCUCUUCAUCGUCAAGAACGACUGCAGCUGGCGAGCAAAGUUGCGGAGCCAAAGUAAACGUAGAAGAGCGGCGUGUCCGGCCUCCCUUGAUGUUCGACGAGUUGCGGCUGGCCGUUCCAACUACAACGCAGUGCUUUAAACAUUACGAGAAGAAGCUUCAGGCUGCCGGAGAGGAAAACACACAGCUAGAAGACGAAAAAUUCAGCGAGGUGCGCGCCAAGUGGCAGAAUGAGCCGGAUGAUCGCCACAGAGCGCAGAGGGAGGCAAGCGAUUACGUAAUCGGGCAGCUUUUGCUUGGUGCGGAGACGAAGACACCAGCGUGUGCUGCUGUGUGUGAAGUGUUUGAGACAUUGGAAAAGCCGAGGCUGUUGCUUCAGGGGUCACGCUGGGGGCAAUAUAGCUGCGCUGACAGCGAUUUCGACUCGCUUGUCACGGUGCCAGACAAGAACUGUGGGGAAAACUUGCUUGUGGCUCUUUGCGAUCGAAUCUACGGGGAAGCGAACAGAGGCAAAAAGAUCGAAACAAAUUCGCGCACUAUCAGCUGGGUCCCGUGCACACUUGAGGAGCAGAACUUUAAAAGUAUCGAGCCUCCAAAGGUUUUUCAAGGGCGCAAAUUCAGUGUGUCUUACCAGGUAUGCGUAAGCGUUGUAUGGCCGAACCAUUAUAGUUGCUUCCUUGGUUAUGGUUAGCGUUAAGCUUAAGUUGAAGGAGAUCGCUACUUGCAUAGGUAGCACAUCUUCACGACAUGUAUCGUUUUUUUUUAGCGUACAACAACGAAUUAUUAAUUUUAGAUGCAGGGGUGAAUCGCUUUCUUUUACUGGGUUCCGGUCGGGGAAGGGUGCUUCGCGUUUCUUAGAAACAGCAGCUUUUGCUUUGCAGAUUAGCUUUAGCAUCAAGCGACCACAUAAUUAUGCACAACAGGUUAUCUACAGGCCGCAUGAAUGCAAGCAGGGGAUUUUUCCGGAGACUCCAGAAACGCACUACAAUUACAACUUCAACGAGAACCGAUAUAUUGCCGCUAAAAUCACGGAAAUCUGCGAGGCGAAGACAAUCUCACCGAGUAUCUUCAACCGUCUCAAUUUUUGGUGUAAGAGAAGCAUGCCCAAACAGGUCCGGCAAGGAUUGCAUAUCGCUCGGUUCAUGCGGCUCUUUUUGAACUUUAUCCACUCACGCGGCGAUAGCGACACCGCACACUUCGCAGCCACUGCAGACGUGAAUUUUCUUGCCUGGCUGGCGACCGCGGAACCGGACGAGCUCAGGCGGUAUUUCUGUUGCUUUUAUCGAGCCGCGGUUGAUCUUGAUACGGCCGCAAGUAGCUACCUCUUUGAUGCUGCUCCAAUGGUAAAAGGAGGGGAAUCAGCAGUUUUUCGAAAGUCUCUCUACUUGGUCUUGCUCUUGUCGUCGUGUUAGGGUGAAGGGUAGCCACGUUCUUUCAUGAUGUUAGUUGAAGUUGAUACGCAGCACAAUGAAUUGCAAUUGGAAUUGACACGAUAGUGCACCCAUCGCUGCAAAAAUAAACCAACAAAUAAAUUAAAAAGCAGCACGUGAUCCAUCAACUUUAAUGCGCUUCACUUCACAUCAGGCUAAAUAUGGGACGCAUGGCAGACAAGGUGCUGAACCAUAAGGAUGAGCUGGUGAAGCCGGAAUUAGAGCCGUACGUCGAGCCAUUUACGCUGUUUUGGAUUCAGCAUCAUUUGGCUGUGGACGCGCUGAGUGCCGAGGAUUGGAAACUAGGCUGGUACCGCGAUCCGCCGGCGUUGAAGAAGAAGCUUGAGGAUCUUGGACCUCUCGAUAGCUACAAAUUGCCUGCGGGGGCGGGCGUCUACGGCCGACCGUCUUCGGGCGGGAAAGAUUUUGACGGUGUAUAUUCGUGGUUCAACGGCGGGAGCUGCGCUGGUGGAGGUGCACAGGUUCAAAAUCAACAGUCCACAGAGCAAAAUUGGUGGAAGAGCAACAAGGACAAAAACAAAAAAUGGUCCCGGGCCGCGUGGCACGGUGAGGAAGAGGGCAGCAAGCAAAAGCGGCAACGCCGCGGUGGUGGAGGCUGGCAGUGCCAGUGGGGCUCUUCCUGGUGAGGGCUUCUCACUGACAGAAGACACAGCAAGCACCUUGUCCUUAACAUCACGAUGUGAUUGAGCGUGGUGAAACUCGCUCGUGUCAGCGUUGAACGCCUGUUCCAGGCCUAUGAUUUUUGGAUCUGGUGGUGUCCCUCCGUCCAGCUUGGCUAUCUGUAAUUCUGGUGGGAAACCAAUCCCAUCAUUUUGAGUGUCGAUGGAUUUCGAUUUUUAAAUCGUCCGGAAUGGUUUUGUUUAAGUUUAUAGCCGAUUUUCCAAGAAAUAGAAAAAGUGAAGUAAAUCUAAAUUCUCUAUUGUAUGCCAAGACGUCGACCGGCGGUGGGUGUCUCGGUCUCCUGUCGUGUGAGAGUUUAGUGGUGUUUUUGAACUGAUUGAAUAAAGCAAUAACAAUAGAGACCCUGACGCUCUGAGACCUAAGCCAACGAAUCACGACGGCAGCGUGGUUUUCUUGUGUUUAGAAUGACGGGAAAAAAAUAAGCAUAGCGUCGUGAUUUCGAUUUGUGGACUUUUUUGGGGGAUCCGCCCGCUCCCCGGGGAUCCGCCCGUUGCCCGGGGAUCCGCCCGCUCCCCGGGGAUCCGCCUUCGCCCAGGGGAUCCGCCCGCUCCUCGGGGAUCCGCCUUCGCCCAGGGGGUCCGCCCGCUUCCCGGGGAUCCGCCUUCCCCCAGGGGAUCCAUCCGCCCGCUCCCCGAGGAUCCGCCCGCUCCCCGCCCGGGGAUCCGCCUUGGCCCAGGGGAUCCGCCCGCUUCCCGGGGAUCCGCCUUCGCCAAGGGGAUCCGCCUUGGCCCAGGGGAUCCGCCCGUCCCCCGGGGUUCCGCCUUCGCCCAGGGGAUCCGCCCGCUCCCCGGGGAUCCGCCCGCUCCCCGGGGACCCACCCGCUCCCCGGGGGAUCCGCCCGCUCUCCGGGGGAUCCGCCCGCUCUUCGGGGGAUCCGCCCGCUCCCCGGGGGGUCCGCCCUCGCUUCGGGGGGUCGGUCCGCCCUGUUCCCGGGGAAAUCCGCCCGGCUGAGGUAGUGCAUACCACGGGGGAAAGGGCACGAAAGACGACACAAAUUGGGCCAGGGGAUUCCGGAGAGGAUUGUGGAGUCUCCGGAGGAAUCCUCUCCGGAAUCCCCUCCCGAAAUCGACGAUGUGCCGCCGGGGAAAGACCGCGAAGGACGGCGCGAAUCCGGUCAGAGGAUUCCGGAGAGGAUAUUCCGGAGAGGAUUCCGGGCCAGAGGAUUCCGGGCCAGAGGAUUCCGGAGAGGAUUUUGGAAUCCUCUCCGGAAUCCUCUGUGGAAUCCUCCCCCGAAAUCGAGGUAGUCCCGUCGGGGAAAGGGCGCGAAAGACGGCGCAACUUGGGCCAGAGGAUUCCGGAGAGGAUUUUGGAACCCUCUGCGGAAUCCUGUGUGGAAUCCUCUCCCGAAAUCGGGGCCGCAGCAUCGGGGGAAGGGAGGCCCUCCGAGGCGGACCAAAUUGGGGCAGAAAAUCCGCGAUGCAAAUUCCGCGGGAAAUGUGCGCCGGUUUGCCGGGGCCGCCAGGUUGCUCGCAAUCCGCAACCGACUGUGGCGAUUUAAGCACAUGAGACGCCAACACAGAGAGACGCGGCGCGGUUGUGUACACAAAUAGCAGCGGAGUCCAUGCGCGCGCCGCGUUUUCGGUUGCAUUGCAACACACACUUUAGCACGAGCGAAGCCGAAGGCUUCCCGGGAAACCUUAAACGACCUUGCCCGAGCGGAAUCCGUUGACUUCUAGGCUUCACAGCGUCGCUUUCUCUAACAAUAUCACGAUGGGCAGCUGCUCAAAUGCCGGAUAUCCAUCCUUGUUAUUCUUGCUCUGAUAAAAGAGAUGGCUACGGCUAGCCCUUCUACCCCUAGUAGUGCGAUGCGUCAUUUAUUCGCGCACAAUAACAUGUUGCAGAACCUCCACUAACUUUGGUCUUGAUGUUGGG